AGCACGUGAUGCAGAGAUAGUGCCAGUGGAGCCCCGAGCCUGGACCAUUCAGGAUAUGGAACAAUUUCAGCCUCUCCCGACAGAGAGAUUUUAUGGAGAGACUGGGAGGAUCUUUCUGUCCAGCCCUACGUGCUAGAGCAGGUCUCAAGAAACAUGCCUCUCUUUGAAUUUCGAGUGAUGUCUUACAACAUCCUGGCCCAGGACCUGGUGGAACAGGGUCUUGAUCUCUACUUACACUGCCAUCCAGACAUCCUGAACUGGAACUACCGCCUUCCAAACAUUUUACAGGAAAUCCACCACUGGGAUCCUGAUGUUCUGUGUCUCCAGGAGGUACAAGAGAACCAUUACUGGGAGCAGCUGGAACCGACAUUCAGGAUGAUGGGCUUUGCAUGCUUCUAUAAACGGAGAACUGGGAGGAAAACAGAUGGCUGUGCAGUGUGCUAUAAGCAUAGCAAGUUCCAGCUGAUCAGUGUCAGCCCAAUAGAAUAUUUCCGGCCUGGUCUGGAUGUCCUCAAUCGGGAUAACGUGGGCUUGGUGCUUCUACUACAGCCUCUGCUCCCAGAGGGCUUGGAUCUGAAGAUGGCCAGUCCUUUGUGUGUGGCCAACACUCAUGUUUUGUACAAUCCCCGGCGAGGAGAUGUCAAACUUGCGCAGAUGGCCUUGCUCCUAGCAGAGAUCGACAAGAUUGCAAAAACUACUGAAGGCAGCUACUGUCCUGUCAUCUUAUGUGGUGACUUGAACUCUGUACCUGAUUCUCCACUGUACAAAUUCAUCCGAAAUGGUCAGCUUUCCUACCAUGGGAUGCCAGCGUGGAAGGUAUCUGGACAGGAAGACUUUUCCCAACAGUUGCAUCCACGAAAGCUGCUGGCCCCACUGUGGCCAAACUCGCUGGGUGUAACGGACAACUGUCAAUAUGUCUCUCUGUGCCCGUCAAAGAAAGCGGACAGACGUAAGUACAGCCGGGACUUCCUGCUCCAGUUCCAUUUUUGUGAUGUUGCCUGUGAACGACCACCACAGUUGAUCUUCUUGGAAGGUGUGACAGAUGCUAAACCAGACCGUCCUGCACACUGGCCCAAGCAUGCUGCUGUGGUGAAUGACCCUGAUUCCCAGCCCUUCUUCCCAAGGUCUUCAGGUGUUAUUCAGCAUGGUCUCAACCUGACCUCAGUCUACAGCCACUUCCUGCCACAGAGGGGGCGCCCAGAGGUCACAACCAUGCCCAUGGGGCUUGGAGCCACCGUUGAUUAUAUCUUCUACUCAGCAGAGCCUGUGGAGAAUGGGAACAGAGGGGGUCGCAGGCUGUACCAGGAUGGAGCCCUGAAGCUGCUUGGCCGACUUUCCCUUCUCUCUGAAGAUGUCCUGUUGAUGGCAAAUGGCUUACCCAAUCCUUUUUGUUCAUCUGAUCAUCUCUGCUUGCUGGCUAGCUUUGGCUUGGAGAUCUCCAGCCUCAGAGAGGGUUAGUGUUGGUCCCCCUUCCCUAAAGAAAAGCUGUUCUGAAUACAGCAGUUGAAGCUCUGGAUGCAUAAUCUACUUGCAAGAAAACUCUUUUCCUUGUCAUGUCCUAAAAGUCCCCUUCUCCUCUCGUACCCUCACAGAAAAUUGGGGGUGAGAGAGUUGGAGCCUUUUGUGCAUUGCUGUUUCAUGGGCUCUGCAAACCUGAGCUACAUUCCCAGCAGGCUUCCAGUUGUUUUCAGGCUUUAUCAUCUCUUAAAGAGAUCUUUGAAGUUAACUUUCUUGUUUCCCUGCUUCAUUUAGCAGAUGUUCUAGUGCUGCAGGAGCCAACCUAACUUCUACGUUUGCUUGUCCCUAGGUGAGAUCUUCAAGGAGCUGGGCAGUUGAGGGGCAGUGCUGUCUACUUCUAGUUAGUCAAUUGCUGCCAAACAGCUGGGGGUGUAUACACCAAAAUUCUUUCAUGCCAAAACAAUGGUUCUUUUAAUUUGUUAGUGAUAGUUUAUGAAGCAUAGUCUUCCCAUCCACUGGUUGUGGUGUUGCCUUCGAGAACGGUGUCCUGCUGACUGCUUGGAAAUGGCUUUUACCUAAUGAUAGGUAAGGGCUGUCUUUCUGACAGAAGAGUUUGUUUGUGGACUUGAGCAGUUUCAACAAGAAGCUUCUUACUGUGUCUAAAGGACCUGGGAAUGGGCUUGCUGGGAAUGGAGCUGAGGUUCUACAGAACUGUCCUCAGGAGCUCUAGAAACACAGCAAAAGCCUAGAGGCCUUGGGGAAGGCUCCCUUCCUUUUGUGGCAGUCUCAGAACAGUACCUAGUUCCUUUGGCACUAGUAGGAAAAAGAUUUAAGAUUCUCUCAGUGGAUUUCAGGUGGAGAAAAUUGUCCUGUAAGACAUGAGAACCUCAGGAGGCCAUGGCUCUGGGAGGUCCCAAGAGAGAGAUGAAAAUGCUUCAGAGGAAGCAAAGCUGUCAGGUGCAAGAGCUGAUAUUUCUCACUUGUCCUAUUCUUUCUCUGUGCCCUCCUUAUUCCAAUUGACCAGUCAGAGGUCAGAUAGCCAACCUACGGCAUCUUCCUGGUCCAGAUGGAAGUUCAUGCUACUGCUUUCUUCUGGAGCAGGCUGUGUUUAUGUAGGUAGAACCUACAGGACUGACUCCUGUCUCUUGACAGGAGUUGGGAGGGAGGGGAAAGUUGUGUACUUAGAGCCAGAGCAUCAGUCACUUGGAUCCCAGUAUACCUUCGGUGUCCUGUCAGCAUAGUUACUAGUCAGCAGUGGCUUGGUCAGUACGAAAACAGCAGAACUGGAUGUGUUCCUGGGGCAGAUUCUGCAGUUUGGCCUAACUUCUGGUGCUCAGCUUUCCCUGUGAGAGAUGAGUGCAAUACUGGCAGAAGCCCUUUUAACCUUCUGCUCAUAAACGAGGCAGGGAAAUGUGGUUCCACCUCAGUCAGAUUUCUGUGGAAGGGUACAAGAAGACUUGAAAUAUCAUUGCCUUUUCCUGGGUUGUAUUGGGGGAGUUUCAUGUUUUAAAUGUUACUUUCUUAAUCUUAUUCAAAAAUAAAAAAUUUUGUAAUUUAAGAAAAACACAUACUAACUCCAGCACCUUGUGCUCCUGGCAGCUAAACCCUCCAAGGACUUGGAGGAAUGCAGAGCUUUGCAUGGCUCUGUUUGUCUGGCAGUUGCACUAAUUUCUACAAGUACUCUUAUUCUGGUUUUGUUAUUGGUUUUAUUUGCAAGGGGGAGGGGAGGAAAGGGAAAUCUGUGCCACUGCGAGAGCUUUAUUUAUCUGCCACGCUCUUUCCAGGUUGCCAGAAAGCAGCCUGCUUGCAGAUAACACCUACCAGUUGGCAACAUUGGAACAGAAAACUUGGAAGACAUUGAAGGUUCAAAAAAACACCAAAAACAAAACAAAAACCCUAUGCCAGUUCUAGCUGUUGUCACUUACAGCUUUGGCUGCCUGCUUCUGUUGUAACUGCUGGCUAGUUCUGAUAGUCAGUUAAUGCUGGGGGCGUGGGGAGGGAAGCAGCCCUCCUGGCCCCCUAUACAGAGACCCAUAACAUGUACAUAGUACACCAAAUAGCUGAGGGUUGAGUGACAUCUUCUCAGGGCGCUAUUAGGCUGGGCUGGAGGGCACCCUGGUGAGGUUGAUCCCAGCAGAACACGUUUGUUUGCCUAUUCCCAAACCUAUCGUAUCAGACGACUCAGUUGCCCCUGUGCUAGCCCAUGCACCCUGCCAAUCCUGUGACUUAACUGAGGCAUAGGAGUUGUGCUUGAAAACCAGAAGUGCUUCUUCCAUUUUAUUUAAGCCAAAGCAUUAACUUUUCUUUCGGGUAAUGUGCAUGAAGGCAUCUCUCAGGGAGGUUUUCUUUCAUGCCGAUGUAAGCUUCCAACUAUAUUUUGCUGGAAAAUCUAAUAUUCCAGAGGGUCAAAGUAACAUUUUUCUCUUUCAAUAUAUGAAUGCUUGGAAUGGUUGAGUUGUUCUUGCACCGUGGAUGGGGAGUCAUGUGCUAAGAAACCCCAGGACAAUGCCUAUAAGUCUUUCUGAUUCUUCUUGCUGAAGGCUAGAAAGCCCCUGCAGGGUCCUGCAGUUCCUAACGCCUGGCUCACACAUGCUUCCUUGGGCAUUCAUAGGUGACACUAUUUCAGAAAUACAGAACUGUCACUAGUAACUGCAUACACACACCAAGGCAGGGGUGAAGCUGCAUAUGCAGCUUCAGUGUUGAUUGCUGUGAUUGUUUUGAUCACUGUCCCUGUAGCUGUGGUAUAGACUCCUACAUACUUGACCUGUUUCAGGAAAGAAGAAUAUCCAUAUUCUGGAGUAAUUUGGAGAUAACAUCAAAUGGAUGUUGAGACGUGUGAAUGACUGGCUGUUGGGGACUAUAGGGAAAAUUUGGGGUGGUGGGGGAAGAGGUUUCUACCAGUUAAACAGCAACCUGUUUAUAGUUGUAGCGAGAAAAUAAUACACUCUGUGCUGCUUUAAGAAUAGCACACUGCUGCUUUGAGAAUAUAAUAAGAGACCUGGUAAUGAGCAACUUGUGGUGGGAAACAGAAUUAAGAUCCCAGAUGUAGCUCUUAACACUGUUUCCUGACCUAAAUACACAGCUAGUUGUCAUUAACAUAACUUUCUGAUGAAUUACAGAGGGGCCUUAAAUGAUUAUGGAAGUGGAACAAUAGGGUUUUCUGCCACACUCAAAAAGGGAGGGUAUCAUAGAGCUAAAACAGAACCACCUCAUCUUCAGGGUGAUAUAGAUCUUAGGGAGAUUGGUACUUAGGGAAGGGGAUGCCACAGACCACUGGCAACACGCAUACAUACCCUGUUAAUGGUCUGUUAUCAGGAGCAUGCAGCCGUAGAGGCAAACUCAUAUUUGACAAAGUGUAUUCACUAGACUACAGUUCAGAUUGCCCCAUAGCUGCCAAGCUGUGCUCAGUUAUGCUGUUUAGAUAGAAGCUGGAUUUCUUUCACUGUCUCAAAUUCAUAAGUUGUUCAUCACUUCAAGAGGAUGCCCUCUAAAACCAGUUGCUACAAUUACAUAGGACAGAAGGAGGAGUAAACAAUAUAAUUGCUGGUCUUUUCCCAAUAAAUGAGCCUUGGCUGCUGCUUGAGAGCCCUUUUCUUUAUGAAGUCUCUCUCUCCCUCUCGCUCUCUCUCUCACAGCUGUUUUCCCAGGACUGCCAUAUCCAGUUAUCUUUUCAGGUUAGUGAUGUUUAUUUUUUCUGCAGCUGUAUUUCUUUAGUUAUACAGCUGUGGGUGAAUUCCUUAGGGUUGUCUUAUUAUAAACCCAAUAUUUAAAUAUUGUGAAGCCAUAAGAUAGUGGGCUCCUCACCCCUGAAGAACUCCCACUCAGGCAGGAGGGGCAGGAACUCUGAAAACAAUACUGGGGAUUAGAAUAAGUCUUGUUACAUAAAACCAAAAAAAGGUCUAAGAUAUACUGUUGCUGUUAGUGCCCUAUUCACCACCCACUUUGUGAAGCACUGGAGAACUCACUCUCAGAAUUUAUCUGAUCUUGGAUUGUUUCCUUUGAGGAAUAUCUUAGAGGCUUUGAGAGCUGUUCAGCACCUCACAGAUGGUAUCUCUCAGAGCAGAUCAAGGUCUGUUUCCUGCUCCUAAUGAUUUUUGAGACUGUUCAGGGCGACGGUCUGUGGAAACAGUCUGCAAAGCAGGGCUGCGCUACAGUCCUAUUUCUCCUCCCACUGCUACCACCUCACUAAUGAAUGUUAGUGGAAUGUACUGUUAGGCAAAGACAUCCAUGGUUCAUCCAAAUGAAGCUGAAGCCUUUUUGUAGCUCAAAUAGAAGAGGAACACAUACAAACCUUACUGGGAUACCAGCCCCUCUCAGUAGGCUUCCUGUUGUGCAAGUUAAUUGAAUUGCUGCCUACGACAUCCUCCUUACCAGACUAUAGCUGCCUGCGUUUGACUACUUUUCAUGGCUCCAGUACACUGAAAUGCACAUUGUGUAAUUGCUAUUAUCAAACUUACUGCAUUGUGUUUCAAAGUAUGAGAUGUAUGCAUUUCUGUAGAGACCUCACCUGCUGAUAACGUAGAUGACUGACUUCUUAACAUCUGGCAUGCCUCGAGCUCCCUCAGUCAGCUGCACACAUUAGGCAUCUCCUGUAAAGACAAAUCAUCUUCCAGCUGCCACUGAGAAUGUCAUUCUAGUCCCGAAGCUUUUUUUUUUAAUGGCAGAUCUAGGCUGCACAUUAUUGUGCUCCAAGGGAAUAGGAAUGCUGUACAGUGGAGCUGGAAACUUUUUCUUUUUUUUUUUCUUCCUAACUUUUUUAGACAAACACAGUUUUCAAUGUGCUGAUGUGGCAAGUGAGAGACAGACUGGACUAGAAGCUGGCUUGUACUACAGCAGAAGAUGCAUUUUCUGCACCCAGUCUUUCAUACACAAAGGAGAUUUUAACAUCGAGCCCUAGCAAUGCUGUUUAGUUUGAAGGCUGACUCAAUUUUAGGUUGCAUUGCUUUGCUCCUCCUGGAUGGAAAGCCAGCUACAGCAGCCCUAGGUGUAUUCAGUUAUUGGCCACUUCCAGCAGCUGCUCCUGAACUGGGAGUAAAUUAACGCACUAGCUAUUCUAAAGGCUUUCCAAACUGCUCCUUCUCUCCUAUUAAAAAAAAGGUGGGGUAGGAGAUAGGAUAGCAGUUACUCUUUUAUCAAAAUGAAAAUGUAAACCGGAAAAGCUAGCUUAACUGAGUUAGCAGGCCAUUAGAGACUUCAGUUUUCCACGGGAGGUCCUGUGCCUCUUCUGUUCACAAUCUUGCAUUCUGUGCACUGAGAGAAUUCUUUAAGACUUGGUUCUCUCCACCACCACCAUUAAUAUCCUGCAUGCCUCUAGGCAUGUGAGGGCCUUAAAUUUUGCAGUCAUGGGCUUCUCAGCAUGGUAGCUGACAAUACGUGCUUUUUAAAAAAUUAUUACUUUUAUUGAUUCACUGAGUUGUGUGGUUUGUACAGCUUCUUUUCAGUUCUCCUUUCCACCACAAAGGCUUCGCAUUAAGGUCGAAAUAGCAUAGUCUUCAACUGACUUAUAAACCUAGAACUGCAGGAACUGUCAGUAGCAGGGUGAAAGUCUGAUCUAAGAGGAAACACAAAGUCUUUUUAUAUCUCAGCUGUGGACAAGUCACUGCUUUACCUUUCUCGUUCUUUGUCUAGCAAUCAAUCUGACCCAUACUUCUAUAGGGGUUUUACAGGUUACCUGAUUUUUAACAAAAUCAGAUAUGGGGUAGAGGGCAGUCUCAAACAAGCAUCUCUUGUGUUCCUCCACUGAGAUGAAGUAGAGGUUUAUAGAAGCUACAGCAUUUUAGUCUCUUUGCCAGUAUUAUUAAUCUUGAAGUUUUAAUAAGAGGACAUGGAGCAAGAAGCCCUCUACUGCUGAUGAAGUCUAUUGUGAACUUCUGGGCUUGAGCACAGACCUUGCAGGUUUAUGAUGUGGUUACUUUUUUCUUUUGUCUCUUAAUCUCUUAACAUCACCUACCAGGUGCUGUGCAAUUACUUCCCCCCAAGGCAGAAGCUGUUCAUGUAAUUUAACUUAACUAAGCGGGACUGUUGUGUGUGCUACUCUCUUUGGAGGAACGGGGUAGGAGGUGCUUAUUCCUUUCCUGUACGCUUGCAUAAGCUGUAAGCUUGCUUGCCUACAUCCUGGCCUGGUCCCAGCUAUUACUCAUUUCCCAAAGAGACGGGUACGUUAUGCCUGAAAGAUGAUAGCUUAAAUAAAGUUGGAUCCCCCUUGCUGGGGGAAUGCACCAAGUCUUGCAGCUGACCGUCCUUUAUUAACCCAGCAUCUGUCUUGAGAAGACCUGGUGAGGUCAUGAGCCUGGAAUGCCACUAAACUGCUUCUUUUUUUUUUUUUUUUUUAAAAUGGAGUUUAAGUAGAAAAGUGUUUCAGGCCAGGAAAGGAGACUGGAUCAUAUGUUGAAGAUGGUGGAAAUAGAGGCUUGCGUUAACCCUUGGAGUAUUGUGUCAAGAUUGAAAUUCUUAUCACUGUAUCCUGCAGACUUUGUUCCAUCCAGCCUGACUGCUGGCAGUUCAGGAGGAAAAGAUGAGUUUCACCCUUUUUUAGACAGCCACAUGCAUACUUCUUACUCUCCAGCAGCUGACUCUACAUGUACAGAUGUACUCACCUGCUCAGAUGUUUGAAGGAGAAGAAAAUUUCUUCCAUGUCCUCUUUCCAUAAUGUUGUGAGUACAUCUAUACCAUCUGGUACCAAUCUGAUACCAUCAUUCACGACUAUGCCUUUGACUUCUCAACUGACUGACAAAGGGAAAGUUUAAGUCAGGAAGAAAGACAGUACAGACAUCUUGUUUCCUCUGCACAAGCUGAUAGCAGUACAGAGGGAAUUUUAUUGUCUAAGUGUGAAAGGAAGCAGGAAGAAGUAUCAAGGAUUAUGGGAAGUGCAGUAAGAACUAAAUCUAAAUACAGGUUCUGUGUUAGCUACACAAGAACACAGAACCAUGCUGAUUAAUUACAAAAAGACACACAUGAUAUAGUUCAUAAAGAAAGAAACCCUCCAUUUCUUAUUUCUGAGCUGUACCAGUGAUGAGUAUGUGAAUGGUUUUGGAGCACCCUAUCAGUGCUAGAGUAGAAUACUGAUGUGCAUGGAAGGGGACCCUCUGGUCCCACUAGCACCAUCUCAACCCUGACCUGGGGGGAAACUCUGCUCUGCAGAGAUUAUAGGGGAUUUAGUAGCCUUCUUGGCCUAAGUUGAGUUGCUCUUGAGCAGACAGAGCCAGGGCGCACUCUGAAGGAGAGUGGCUGUGAUACAAGUAAA